AGUACGUGUAAUUUCAGCGUGUUUGCUUCGUUGGCUUUGAUCGUGUAGCUGCUUGACUAUUAUUGAGAUAGACAGAAUGAACAUGGCUCUUAAUACACAGUGCUGCUGUAUUUUGACGUUUUAUUUAAUUUAUACGUGCUGCGGAUUUAAUAUAGAUGUGCGUUUCCCUGUCAUAAAAGAAGGAAAGACCAAAGGAAGUUUCUUUGGAUUUUCCGUUGCCAUGCACCACCAGACCGAAGGGACGAAAAGAUACCUGCUCCUGGCUGGGGCUCCCAAGGAGACAGCUCCUACUCUCCCCACAGUGAACGAAACAGGCGCUGUUUAUGCCUGUCCCAUCAGCACUGACCAGAACGACUGCACCAGGAUGGACCUCGUCACUUCAACGGACCCAUCUGAGAUGGUGGAGGGGAUGUGGCUUGGUGUGACAGUUGCAAGUCAAAGAGAACAACCAAGCGGGCGAGUACUGGCGUGUGGCCAUCGCUAUGUGAAGGUGAUCCCUGGAGGAACUGAAGACCAGCGACGCAUGGUGGGCAAAUGUUAUGUGCGCGGCAAUGACCUGACCUUUGACGUCACCGACGACUGGCAGGCCCACACAUAUGAGGUGUGCAACCCCAAUUUCGGCAUGGAACUAGAGGGCAUGUGUAACAUGGGCAUCUCAGGAGGCAUGACAGAGACCGACGUCUACAUUGGGGCGCCUGGCAGCUAUGUUUGGCAAGGCAACGUCCAUGUAACAUGGAGAGACCCUACACCAGGAAACUCCUGGGAUUCCAACGACAAAGACUUCGGGGAGCUGGAAAAGCGAUACAGUUACAUGGGAUACUCAGUAUAUGAAGACAAGAUGAUACUAAGCAGAGAUGAGUAUACAGUGGUGACAGGGUCUCCACGAGAUAAAGCCAAAGGCUCGGUUACACUGGCGCAGAAACAGGACAAGAAACUUUUUACCAUCCUGACAAUCUACGGAGAGCAAGUGGGCUCCUACUUUGGCUGCAGCAUUGCAGUGACUGACCUUAACAAUGAUGACUGGAAAGACCUGAUAGUUGGUGCUCCGUUUUACUUUGACCGUCAUAAAGACGAAGGCGGGGCAGUGUACAUCUUCAUGAAUGAGAACGGAUCUUUCCAGAAAAAUGCCAGCAUUGUCCUGAAGGGCUCUGGGGGUUCAGCGUUUGGCUUUGCUGUAGCUGCCAUUGGAGAUGUCAAUCAAGAUGGAUUCCAAGAUUUUGCUGUCGGAGCCCCAUUCAGUGACCCCGGGAAGGUCUUCAUAUGGAUGGGAAGCAAGGAGGGAAUCAUUGGAAAUGCCAGUCAGGUGAUUGACGGAAAAGAGGUAGGCCCUCUUCCCUUGCGGACAUUUGGUUACUCAAUCAGCGGAGGCAUGGAUGUGGAUGGGAACAAAUACCCUGACAUCCUAGUGGGCUCUCUGGAUGACCGAAUUGCUUUGCUGAGAUCACGACCAGUAAUUCACCUCUCAAAAAAUUUCACUGUUGAACCCAAAGUUGUUGACCCUGCUAACUGUGUUGGUGCUUGUGUGAAGGUGAAAGUGUGUUUUGCAUUCAUCCUCAGCAACGGAAAUAAAGACUUCAAAAGGAACAUCACUAUUAAAUAUUCCAUUGAGGCUGACCGCUAUCGACGAAGCGCCCGUGUCCGUUUCCGUGGAAACCAGGACACUUAUACAAACUCCAUAUCCUUUUCAUCUUCCAUAUGCCAGGAGCAUGAACUGAGUGUAGAUACACCAGUGCUGGAUAAACUUCAACCAGUGGUUUUCGCUCUGAAUGUGUCACUGCAAGAGCAGAAAGCAAAAGCCCGACGCUCGCUUCAAAACCUGGAUGCUUUCCCUGUACUGAGUGGUGCACAGUACCUCACCGAAAGGGCCGAGAUAAACUUUCAGAAGGAGUGCGGCCCUGACAAUAGAUGCAGCAGUAACCUGAAGCUGAAAGCAUAUUAUGCCAAUGAACAGCUGGACCGAUUCCGAAGGAAAAACAGCAGUCAGACCAUGGAGUACAGCUAUCACAUGAAGAAGCUGGUUCUUAGGGUGGACGUGACCAACUUUUCAGAGCGAGACAGAGGCAUAGAGGCGGAGGAUGCUCACCAGGCAACACUCAACAUCACCAUUCCUCCCACUCUCAGUUACUCUGGAGUGCGUUUCCAGGAGCAGCAACACACAGACAUUUCAUGCAGCCCUGGGGACACUGUUAUGUCUGUCAUAUGUGAAUUGGGGAAUCCAUUAAAACCCAAUACUGAGGUAACCUUAAACCUGAUCUUUGAAAUGUCUGACAUCACGCUGUACACAGAGCGGAUUGUCACUCAGCUGCAGUUGUCAACUUUGAGUGAACAGAGUGAUCUGCACCCAGUGCCUGUUAUUCUUAACGUAGAGAACACCAUCAUCACCUCUUUCUUAAUAGAGAGGCCUGUGGUGGACACAUUCUUUAGUGGCACCGUAAUGGGAGAGUCUGCCAUGAACAGCACAAGUGAUGUUGGCAGCCCAGUGGAAUACGUGUUCCAGAUUGAGGUGAGGGGGAAGCCCUUGGGUGAGCUUGGAACCCUGGUCGUGGAUUUUGAGUGGCCUAAUGAGGUGAAAAAUGGAAAAUGGCUUCUAUAUCUGACAGAAAUCGUCACCAGGGUAGUGCACGGGUCAGAGGUUUAUGAUUCACCCUGUGUCCCACCAGGACCCCAGGUGGUCAACGAACUCAACCUUACUCUGUCUGACAGAGUUCCGAGACGACACAAGCGAGAGGUGGAAUUUGGCCACACUGAGGCAUCUGUCACUCUGCUCACAACGCGGAAAGAGACCCACCGGUUGGAAUGCUCACUGGACACGGCCCGUUGUAUAACUUUCUCGUGUCCCUUGCUUAAUAUGUCCACCAAAGCUGAACUCAUAGUGAGAUCAAGAGUUUGGAAUAGCACGAUGUUGGAGGAUUACCGUAAUGCUCUCAGAGUCACGGUACGGGGUCACGCCACAUUGAGACUGGAGACUGACAAACCCACCAUCAAAAUGAAAAGCAGAGACGUAGAGUUUACCGUUAACAUUGACCCCGCUCUGGGUGAAGAGAUUCCUUACCAAGUUCCUCUGUGGAUUAUCAUCGUUGCUGCUGUAGCCGGGAUCCUUUUACUUGGACUCAUCAGCCUUAUCUUGUGGAAGUGUGGCUUUUUCAAGAGGGCUGUCUACUACAGGAUAAUGCCAAAGUACCAUGGCGUGAGGAUCGGAAAGGAGGAGCGCUACCAGUAUAACAUGGCUUUUCAGCCAGAGGAAAUUAACAAGAAACUCUGGAUGACUAGCUGGACGGAAAUGGAAUGUUACUACUACUGAAUCCUGAACCUCUAUUCACCAGCAAACCCUGAAAAAUGUGGUGAUUGGAGAACUUGCGUGAAUUUCCUUGCUUUCAUUAGACGGACAGCGCGCCUCGGCUUUGCGGCUUUGUCUCGCACACAGCAUGACAAUUCAUGAACAGGUUCCAUCAUUUGCAUAACAAUAGAUCAAUGCCAAUAAAAUAUAUGUGGUCAAGUGCAAUAUCAAAUCAUCUUAUCUGUUGCAGGUGUAUCACCAUAUUCUUGUAUUUUUAUGAGAUUAAGAGUGUUGUCAGUUGGAGAAGGUUAGCAAGCUAACCGUUUUUCACUUACUGAGAUAUCUUGGAAUAAACUGUAGUAGCUGUAAUAAAUUUUUUAUUUUUACGAUGGCUCAAACUGUAAGUAUUGAAACAAUGCUUGUACAUAUUUUCCUGUAGUGGUUUAUUUGCAAGUCGCUGCGUUCAAGUGCAUUUUUUUUUUCAUUUUGUUUUACAUAUGUUUGUAGGAUAUUAUUUUUGAGGAUUCGUGUAACGUUUUUUAAAUGGCGUACUCCUCAUGUCCUGCGGAUACUGUUGGUUCUUUAUAAUGCAAGCGUCUGAAAUUCUUUGCCAUGAGAUCAGUAGCAAAGACACGCUGUUUGGACCUUGACACCAUAAAAGGGCUUAAAGUGAGAG